GAUAAACGAAUCGGGCAGGGAGCUCCUCUCUCUCUCUCCCCUACGCGGCAGGAACAGCCGGCCGCCGGCAAACUCCCCCCCUCCGCGCUCUCCCUUGCGGCGGCCCAGGACGGGCGCUGUCGUCCUUCAUCGUCACCGAUGAGCAUCCACCCACAUCCUGUUUUCUCUAUUCACGCACUUUUUUUCUCUUCUGGAAUCUGCAUCGUGAACCCUAGAUAGGUUCUCUUCUGGAUCUGGCUUAAAUUGCCCUAAUAAUAACCUCAAGGGAGAUUAACAACAAGUUCUUUUUGUUCCCAAAAGGUUUGGGGUUCAACUGAACCCCCCUGUCGCACGAUAGAUCCGCCCCUGUUGGUUCUACUCUACUGAUCCCGGAAAUGGACUCUCUCUCCGCUUUCAAGGAAGCCCUAUCCCGUUCGGCUACCGAGAAACCAGUAGUGGUGAGACCUCCCAAGUCUAUGAUGGAUAAAAUCCCAGAUGCUUUCCGCCAAGAUAUUAUUAAUAAAGGUAUAGAAGAAGGAGCAACAGUAGAUAACAUGGAUCCUUCUUGCCCUUUUCUAGUUCUCGAGAAAUUUGAUUGGCAUCUCGCCGCCAAGUGGAUGGAUCUAAAAGCUUAUUGGGUCGCCAAGUCCAUACCAAAUGAUAUAAUUAUCCCAGACCCUACUCCUGAGACGGUGCAAGAUGCCUUCGACCGUAUAUUUCCCCGCUUGCAGAUCCUCCUGUGGAAGGAUAAUGUCACGGGCUUCCUCGAGUUGUUCUCGAUUUCUAGUUCGGCCUUCACAUAUAAGUUUAGCAUCACCUCAGAAACCUUAACCUACAUGGUCAGGCUUAAUGCUUUGCGGUGUGCGAAAGUUGUAUUGGAGGGCAAGGCACCCGAGCUCUGCUAUAUGCAUGCCAAUCCAAACUGCAUGAACCUAUAUGGAUCUUUUCCACUCCAUGAAGCUACUGCACGGUGCUCUGUUGACAUGAUUAAGUUGCUCUUCCGCCAUGGUGCUUCAGCCAACGUACGAACGCUUGCUGAUGCCGGCAUUCAGGGACUACUCCCACUCCAUGUCGCAGUUGAGAACACUCGCUUGCAUAAGUAUCUGGUGGACAAUCUAUCUCCUAUGCAGUAUCAUGAGGAUUAUAUCUACAAGCUCAUUCAUCUGCUGUGCCUACCUGAGAUGAAGGUAUUCUUGGAUCCGAUUAGACUGCUUGCCAGAAAAACAGAUAAUCUAGUUGAUGAGCUCUGGAAUUAUAUGAAGAACGGCAAGCUUGCACAGACUGCAGUUUUAUUUCUGGCAGCCCAAAAAUGUAUGCGUAAGGGUAAACCUAAUGGGUUCUCUAUCAUCACACAUCGUAUAUUUGAAGACGUUUAUUCCUCACCGUGUGGUGAAGGUGACACUGUAGAGGCACCGAAGCAGUUGGAUGAAAGAAAAGCACUUUUGAACUGUAAAUGUCUGCUUUUUAAUAUAAUUUCGCAAGCUGGCGAGGUUCUUUAUAACUACAUUCAGGCACAUUCAGAGGUGCCCCAUGAGGAGGUCCUUGCACGUGUCUCAUCUAUUCUUAAGGAAUUUGGGUUUUGCCCUAAGGAAGGAUACGCUGACACCAUGAACCUGGGUCCUUGUGGCCACAAGAUGUCCCACUGGGGCAUAUUUCAGAAAGAGAAAAAGGCCGCAAGAAAAAAAACACUAAGAGUACAGGAUCCAACGUAUGCAAGGAGAGGUGUUUUCCCCUUAAGGAGAUCAGUAUUAGCAGAGCAGUUGCCAUCAAAAGCAGCAGGAGAUGGCAAGCCUUUGCUCGAUGGUGGACAGCACCGUAAUUAUUGGAGUAAUUCAAUGAGCAAUGAGUCUUGGAUUCCUAAUAACUAUAUUGGUUUCUUGGGAAGAAUUCAUCAACUGACAGGUAAUCAGUCGAGAAGGUACAGUGCUGCUGCCCUCAAAAUGCUAAGAAGGUGCUAAAGAUUGCAAAAAGGCUCGCGCAUUAUUUGGUUCCCUCAUGCUGAAUUGAAUCACGGAUAGAGCAAUGGUCCAGCAGAUAAGCUCCUUGCUUCGACACCUGAGGUCUCCGGUUCGUUCCCGUGGCAAGUCUCGGAUUCAUUUGUUUCCAUUUUUGCUGAUGUGCGCUAGCUACUACAUGUCUCAAUAACAAUGCGAUUUCUGUACCAUUUUUGCUGUUGUGCGCUAGCUACUGCAUAUCUCAAUAACAAUGAGAUCUCUAUACUUUGUUUAUACAAUAUUUCUUUUUUAUUUCUUUGCACAUACUAUUUUUUUAAAAAAAAUAUAUAUUUGUGCACAA